ACUUUUUUUAUGUUUGUGUCCAUGCGGGGAAAGCCAGGUAAAACAGAAGAGGGGAAAUAUAGGCAGAAAUAUGCAACACUGUGCUUCCUCACCUUGAAAUGGAAGCGUUCCCCUUGAUAAAAGGCUAAUAAGUCUAAUCAAGCCUGAUUAAUUACACCGAUAGGCCCUGUGUUUGCCAACCUAAUUGAUGGCUUUAUCUUUGUUUUGCACUGUGCUGAAGGGAUGAUGGUGCUUCUCAGGAGAUGCUGGAAAGCUUUAGCCCAGAUGAAGGUUACUGGUGCUAGAAUAGAGAAGAAGUUAGGGUAGUGGGGUGAGCGAGCACAAAGACAAAUAAAUCCACUGAAGUGAGUUGUAGGACUGUGAAUUAUGUCUGCAAGUGGUCAUCUGGGGAUGGAUAAGCAACAUAUGGUGACUGCUUAUGAUGUGUAGAUACUCUAUGCUACUUUGUCCACACAGAUCCACUCUUCCCUUUGGUCUGCAAUUUUCUCAGUCCCACCGAGCUCAAGCCUCAGAAAUCAGAGUCCAAAGAGCAUCUGUCCCUCUCUGAAUGAUAACACAUGUACUGAGGCUUUGUAUCAGAAUCUUGAGAAUGGUAUGGCACUCUUCUCAGAGACCCCUUUCAAACCCUAUUCCCCUGGCGAUUACAAGAGAAAUCAAUGUGGACUUUCGCCAUGUAAUCACCACUGCACCCCUUCACAAGCAAGUAAUCCUGAUGGGUUGCAAUUGCUAUUGACAGUAAGAGCAGUGGAGGAUGUUUUUCAGUGUAAAAAAAGAAAAGAAAAUCCAAGUUGAUCUCCAUUAGCUAGUGCUUAACAGUACUUGUUAGCCUAACCACUUACAUCACUGUAUCCAUUUUGAAGAAAAAUAAUUAUCCAUCAGUUUAGUGAAAUUUCAGUGUGGUGCACUAAUAUUUAAUUCGGAUUCCAUUUAUCAUCACUUCUGUGCAGAUUUGUAGGCCAAUUUAGAAAAUAUUAGUGUGGAUGUAGAUAGAUGGCCCAUCAAACCUUUAAAUUCACGAUAAACUUCACACAAGCAGGUUUUAUCUUGAGUAUUUCUACUACCUUUGUAUGUCUGCGAAGCUCGCUUACUUGCAAACCUUCAAAAAAAAACGCAUGAAAUGUCAUAUUUCUUCCAGUCACUUGAGUAUCUUUAUCUGUUUGUUCUCUUUUGUUCGACAUCAGCUGUCGCCUUUGCAGGCGUUGCCCUGUAUGCCGCCUUAGACUUCAGAGCCUUUGGGAUGCAGGGAGUCUUGUGCUCUAUAUUUAUCUAGCUUUAUGAUUUAUUAAUACUCUCCCCGGUAUGCGCAGUACUAAAAAUACACUGGAAGCAGAGCACCACAUGCAGCAUCGAGCUAGGGAAAGGAGUGUGCGGAGGCUUGGGGAGAGAUUUGUCAACUCAGCAGCUUUCCACUGUAACAACAUGCACGUCCAGAAGGGUCCAAGGAUUCAGGUUACCUCAUAUGAGUACUUCAAUGCGGUGCUGAUCAAUGAGGUGGAUGAGGAGGGGAACAGUGUGGAGCUGGGAGGACAAUUUAUCCUGCAACCCAAUGACCAUUUUAACAACCUGUCAGUCAACCUGAGCCUCAGCGUGGUCCAGGUGCCCACCAACAUGUACAACAAAGACUCUGCCAUCGUCAAUGGAGUGUACUGGUCUGAGGCCUUGAACAAAGUGUUUGUGGACAACUUUGAGAGAGACCCAUCACUCAUAUGGCAGUACUUUGGCAGCGCCAAAGGCUUUUUCAGGCAGUACCCUGGAAUCAAAUGGAAGCCAGAUGAACACGGAGUCAUAGCUUUCGACUGUCGUAACCGGAAGUGGUACAUCCAGGCUGCCACCUCUCCAAAGGAUGUAGUGAUCCUGGUGGAUGUUAGCGGCAGCAUGAAAGGCCUGAGACUGACUAUCGCCAGGCAAACAGUUUCCUCCAUCCUGGACACUCUUGGAGAUGAUGACUUCUUUAACAUCAUAGCUUACAAUGAGGAAUUGCAUUAUGUGGAGCCAUGUCUGAACGGAACUCUGGUCCAGGCAGAUAUCACUAACAAAGAUCACUUCCGGGAGCACCUCGACAAGCUGUUCGCUCAAGGCAUUGGUAUGUUAGACAUAGCACUGACUGAGGCCUUCAAUCUCCUCAGUGACUUCAACGAGACUGGGAGGGGAAGUGAGUGCAGCCAGGCCAUUAUGCUGGUGACAGAUGGGGCAGUGGAUACAUACGAUGCCAUCUUUGCCAAGUAUAACUGGCCAGAGAGGAAGGUCCGCAUAUUCCCUUACCUGAUUGGUCGGGAGUCAGCCUUUGCAGAUAAUCUGAAAUGGAUGGCAUGUGCUAACAAAGGCUACUUCACUCAGAUUUCCACACUGGCAGACGUGCAAGAGAACGUGAUGGAGUAUCUCCAUGUGCUGAGUCGUCCCAAAGUGAUCGACCUCGAGCACGACACAGUAUGGACGGAGGCCUACAUCGACAGCACUCUCCCCCAAGCUCAAAAGUUGGAGGAUGGUCAGGGUCCCGUUCUGAUGACCACCGUGGCCAUGCCAGUGUUCAGUACCAAGAAUGAGACUAGAAACCGUGGAAUCCUUCUAGGGGUGGUUGGGACUGAUGUGCCUGUUUCUGAGCUGCUCAAGACUAUCCCCAAAUACAAGUUGGGCAUUCAUGGCUACGCCUUUGCAAUUACCAACAACGGCUACAUCCUGACCCACCCGGAUUUGCGGCCACUUUACGGAGAUGGCAAGAAGCGAAGAAAGCCGAACUACAGCAGCGUGGAUCUGUCUGAGGUGGAAUGGGAGGAUAAGGAUGACACGUUGAGAAAUGCCAUGGUCAACAGGAAGACAGGGACCUUCUCUAUGGAGGUGAAGAAGAGUGUGGACAAAGGGAGACGAGUGCUGGUUUUGCACAAUGAUUACUACUACACAGACAUCAAAGGGACUCCUUUCAGCCUAGGGGUUGCUCUUUCCAGAGGCCACGGGAAAUUUUUCUUCAGAGGGAAUGUCACAGUAGAAGAAGGUCUUCAUGACUUGGAGCAUCCUGAUGUGGCGCUGGCAGACGAAUGGACAUACUGCAACACAGACGAGCACCCAGAGCACCGCUACCUGUCGCAGAUAGAAGCCAUCAAACUUUACCUCAGCGGACACGAGCCCCACCUACAAUGUGACAAGGAGCUGGUUCAGGAAGUGCUGUUUGAUGCGGUUGUAACUGCCCCUUUAGAAGCCUACUGGACCAGCCUCGUGCUCAAUAAAUCUGAGAACUCAGAUAAAGGGGUGGAGAUCGCCUACCUGGGCACCAGAACAGGACUGUCCAGAAUCAACCUGUUUGUGGUACCUGACGAACUUACAAACCAAGACUUCCUGACAGCUGAAGACAAAGAGGGGGUGUUCAACGCCGAUCACUUUCCCCUCUGGUACAAAAGGGCAGCAGAACAAGUUCCUGGCACCUUUGUUUACUCGCUGCCUUUCAACAUAGGAUCAGAAAACAAGAGCGUUGUAUUGGCCAGUACUGCCAUUCAGCUUCUGGAUGAGAGGAAAUCACCCAUAGCUGCGGCUGUGGGCAUCCAGAUGAAACUGGAGUUUUUUCAGAAGAAAUUCUGGACCGCCAGCAGACAGUGUGCAGCACUAGAUGGCAAAUGCUCCAUAAGCUGUGAUGAUGAGAAUAUUAACUGCUACCUCAUCGACAACAACGGCUUCGUUCUGGUGGCAGAGGACUAUACUCUGACAGGGAAAUUUUUUGGUGAAGCAGAAGGAGCUGUAAUGAGUAAGCUGCUGCAGAUGGGCUCUUUCAAGAGGGUCACCCUAUAUGACUACCAGGCUCUGUGUUGGGUCUAUUCAGAGAGUAGCGCCAGUGGACACACACUUCUGGAUCCUUACUUUGCGUUCUUCUCUGCUGUGAAGUGGAUCUUGACCGAGCUUGUCAUAUUCCUGGUUGAGUUCAACUUGUACAGCUGGUGGUACUCUGACCUCACCACUAAAGCUCAGAGGAUAGGUCGGUCCAUGCAGGUACCGUGUGACACAGAGUACCCGGCGUUUGUCUCCGAGAGAACCAUCAAAGAGAACACUGGCAACGUCGACUGUGACGGCUGCAUCAAGUCCUUUGUGAUUCAGCAGAUCCCCAGCAGUAAUCUCUUCAUGGUGGUGGUGGACAACAAGUGUGACUGCAGCAUGUUCGAGCCAAUAACCAUGGACCCCAUCGAAAUCAUGUAUAAUGAAUCUCUCAAGUGUGAGAGACUGAAGAUGCAGAAGGACAGGAGACGCCCAGACACCUGCCACCCUUUUCACCCGGAGGAGAACUCGAUGGAGUGUGGAGGAGCUGCGAGUCUCAAUCCGUCCCUUGUGGCAACACUGCUCUGCGUACUCGUGGCACUGUUCCCUAGGUGACCAGAGCUGGCCACGCCUGUCCAUCCAGAACUUGACUUGGAUUGGAUUGGCUCGGCAUGCAAAAAAAUCGCAACGAUGCCACAGAAAAAAACACUCCUGCCCUGUAUAAAAUUGUGCCCAAUUUCAACUCACCAACUACAAAGCCCCUAGCCCGGUGGUACCUCCCUUUAAGGUACGUAUUUGAAAGGACUGAUAAUGGAUAGCUAUUACAGCUGCUAAGUAGUGAUCAUUAAGGUGCUUUAGCAAUAUCACAAGAGCUGCACAGAGAGGUUUUGGGGGAGAUACAAAGUCUAGAAACACAUAGUAGUAUUGCUAACAAUACACUUAGUAGCUUAAGAACUGCACAAGUGGUCUAGUAAAACCCACUGACACAAACAGCACGAUGUUCAGUCCUUUCAGGUAGCAGCUAAGGGCUAGGGUCUGUAGCUGGGCUUGGAACUGGGCAUUAGAGCCACGUAACACCCGUGUGGAGAAAGAUGGAUGCACCUUCCCCUGGCCCACUCUGACUUUUCAUGGACAAUAAUGAUUCUGAAAAUAAAAAAAUGAAAAUAACACUGAAAAUGAAGAUGAUUAUAUGUGGGUGGGGUUGUAAUGAAAUGUUUGUCUAACAAUCUUUUUUUCAUGAUGACAAAAAAAUAAGUUUGAGUAAAUAUAUAUAUAUAUAUAUAUAUAUGAAGGAAAAAAAGAGUUAUUUAUGAUUUGCAAGUGGUACCCAUAAACUGUGACUAUGAGAUUUUGAGUCCUCUGAUGUGAGUGGUUGUUAAUAUUUGAGCUUUGCCUUAUUGAACGAUAUUGGUCCUGUUUGUGUACUUUUGAAAUAAAAUGAUGUUUAAAAUUUA